UAGCCGAGGCGUUUUUCGGAGUGUGUGUUGAGGCUCUGGUCUUACAAACGUCUCUAACUUGAACUAAACCGAGUGAUGCUCGACGGCGACACAGAGGAGCGGCGGCGUUGACACAUUUGGAUCUCAUUUUUCUGUCUUUUAAGGAGAAUAUUUCCCAUUUCUGCCUCCGCUUGUCUCAGGUGUCGACUUGAAGAAGAAGAAGACGCAGUUUGUUUUUGUGGCGUCUCGUGUAAUGUCGGGCCGCUUUUAAAACCGAGCUCGCUCACUUUUCGGUGUGUCCAUGCGGGUGAGGAAAGCUCUCCGGUUUGGUUCCUGAGCGCCUCCUGUCGUGGUGUGGAUUGUGUGCUGUCGUGUUUGAGCGCAGGAAUGCUUCACUUUUCACCGUAGCUUCAUGUAAAAGCCCUUUUGUCGUCCGACUCUGCUGCUGCUGGAUAUACAGGACACUAACUUAGUGUAAAUGGAUCGUCAGUCCACUUUCAUUUCCAUUUGGCUUCAACUGGAACUCUGUGCUAUGGCUGUUCUUCUCACCAAAGGUGAAAUAAGAUGUUAUUGUGAUGCACCGCACUGCGUAGCCACUGGAUACAUGUGUAAAUCAGAACUGAACGCCUGCUUCACCAAGGUCCUCGACCCACUCAUCGCAAACUCACCCCUCACCCAUGGGUGUUUAGACCCCGUCGCCAACGCCGGAGACAUCUGUAGCAGCGGCAACUCCAGGGCGGUGGAUGCCCUCAGCGGGGCCUUGUCCACGGCACUGGAGUGCUGCCACGACGACAUGUGCAACUACAGAGGCCUUCAAGACCUGGCACACACCAGGGACUCGACAGAUAGCCGGUUCCAGCCGGAGAGCAACAACAGAAACCUGGUGACCCGGGUCCAGGAGCUGGCCUCGGCCAAGGAGGUGUGGUUCCGGGCGGCGGUGAUUGCCGUGCCCAUCGCCGGCGGCCUCAUCCUGGUGCUGCUCAUCAUGCUGGCACUGAGGAUGCUGCGCAGCGAGAACAAGCGGCUGCAGGACCAGCGGCAGCAAAUGCUGUCACGGCUCCACUACAGCUUCCAUGGCCACCACACGAAGAAGGGUCACGUGGCCAAGCUGGACCUGGAGUGCAUGGUGCCGGUCACCGGCCACGAAAACUGCUGCCUGACCUGUGACAAAAUGAGGCAGACGGAACUAAGCAACGACAAGAUCCUGUCUCUGGUGCACUGGGGGAUGUACAGCGGCCACGGCAAGCUGGAGUUUGUAUGACUUCCUGCUGGGAACUAUGUGACUGUCGCCUCACAACCUGCCAGGACUGCUUUCCUUUUCCUUAAAAAGACAUUCCCUUGUUUUUGGUCCGUUGGAUUGUUUGGUCUACGUUUUCAGUUGUUUUUUUUUUUUGUUUUUUUCAAAAGAAACUUUUUAACUAGUGGCAAAAACAAAUACGAGACUGAUCUCUUGCCGUGUGGUUUUUACUAGAGGAGCACUUUACUUGAAAAUGAAAGGCAAAGCAGCGAUGGAGCUGUGUUGAAGCUUGAGAGGGCAGGACUGAGGUGGAGGGAGGGAGCGAGCUCCACUACUGCUCCUGUGGAUCCUGGACUUUUACACUGAGCGCUGAAGGAUUCCAAAUCUGUCUUAUUUUGCACAUUUGUAAAAAAGAAAAAAGAGAAAGUCGUCAUUGCUUAAAAAAGAAUCUUACACUGACACCAGGGUACAAAAAAGGACUUGUGUGAGGAGUAAAACAAAAAACGUCAGUGUUUGACUGUAGGGUGUGCACACUCCUCUGUGUGCGUUUCAUGAUUCAAGCUUAUUGUAAAGAUUUUAAAUAUAUAAAUAUAUAUAUUUUUGUCUGAUAAAACUGACUGUGUGUGUGUGUGUGUGUGUGUCUUGUUCUGGGUGAAUGUCCAACAUCUCUCUGUGAUCAGACUAUAAGCUUGAUUGUGAGUGUGAAAGAAAAACUUUCAAUAAAAGUGUCUUUUUAUUUA